UGAGAAGCUGUGUUUGCAAAGGGCUGGGUGGACGUCCGCUGGCUGUCCGAGCUGGCUGGUGUGGAAAGCGCAGCUGAAAUGCAAAGAGCUUUGCUGGUACCCCAAGCUCACCGUGUCUGUGGCGCCGCAGAGGACUGACUCAUCGCUGUAAAUGGACGCGAUACUGAACUACAGGCCGGAGGGCGGCGAGGACUACUACGCCCUCCUGGGAUGCGAUGAGCUCUCCUCGGUUGAGCAAAUCUUGGCAGAAUUUAAGGUUAGAGCUCUGGAAUGUCACCCUGACAAGCAUCCGGAAAACUCCAAAGCUGGGUAUUUUAUCACAGCAUCAAAAAUGAAGUUCUUACAUGGGACUGUAAGAGAUGGAGAUGGAGAAAAAUGGGAAAACAGGGUGCACAUCAGAAAGAGCGUGUCUCUGAAUGUCCAGCAAAGACGGGUGAACAAUGGCUUUGCAUAUAAUAAGGUGCGUGGGAAGCACCUGCAUUCCGAGCUUAAGUACAGUUUGGAUUUUUCUUCUGACUACUUCUGUACUUGGAAUCAGUGGAGACAAGAAUCUGAUGAUGAAACAUUUAAUUUUGAUUUAUUCAUAUGGUCAAUGCACUGGGCUGUCAGAAGCAAGAAAGACUUGAUGCUGGAAGGGACUGACCAGACCUGUACCAGCACAGUUCAAAACAAGGAACGGAACGAGCAGAGAGAAACCAACAGAGGAGAGCCAGAUUCAACCACAGAGAGGAGGCAAAAGGAAUCUGGGUCCCCAGAGAAGGCCAGCUCCCCCCAAAACCCAGGUUCUCCAGGUCUGUCCGAUUUGAACUACGGCCACCUUCGUUUCCGCUGGUCUGGCGAUGCUCCCUCAGAGCUCCUGAGGAAGUUCAGGAACUAUGAAAUCUGAAGUGUUGCUGCUCUGUGAGAGAGGCAAGGCGUGGCCUUUGCUGCCAGUGUGCCAUUUUUUGUUGUUCACGUCUUAAAAAUGUGUUUGUGAAGGCUGGGUGGUGGUGGUACAGGCCUUUAAUC